UACCUGGCAGCCCAAUCUAAUUGUCAACAACUGCUUACGGCGUCAAGAUGGCAGUACAAGGCUACAUCGACCCGAAUUUUCCCAACCCUAUGGGCCCGAACGAUGCGACAAUCAUCAUUUAUGGAUAUACGCCUGCACUAGCAGUUGGUGUGCUCGGAGUUGUGCUAUUCUUCAUCGCGGCUGUGGCACAUCUUUAUUUGCUCAUUCGACACCGAACAUGGUAUUUCACACCGAUGCUCGUGGGAACAAUCAUGGAAAUUGUAGGCUACACCUUCCGCCUCCUCUCCAGCCAACAAAAUCCCUACUCCGUCCCCUACUUCGUAAUCCAAUACUUCUUCAUCGUCGUCGCACCCGUCCUCUUCAGCGCCGCGAUCUACACCAUCGUCUCUGUGAUGAUCAAUAUCUACGGCCGAGAAUUCGCUCCUUUGCCGCCGAAAGCCGUGCUGGGAAUUUUCAUCACUUGCGAUAUCGUUGCGACGAUUGUGCAAGUUGCUGGAGCGGCUCUUGUGGGUGUGGCGUAUAGCAAUCAGAAAGAUCCCACGACACCGAAUAAUAUUUUGUUGGCGGGAUUGGCGUUUCAGGUUUUCUCGUUUGCGGUGUUUUUGGUUAUUCUGACGUGGACGUUGGUGAAGGCGAGGAAGAGUCCGGAAAGGAUAAAUGCUGGCUUUGUGGUAGGACUGGUCAUGGCGACUUUGGCGGUGUAUUUGAGGACUGUCUUUCGUCUCGCUGAGACUGCAGAGGGAUUGAUGGCGACGCUCUCGACGCAUGAGGUGUAUUUCGGAUGUCUGGAAUUUGCGCCGAUCGUUGUUGCUGUCUUCAUCUUUACGUAUUGGCAUCCUGGACGUUGGCUCAAGUCUGGAGUUCUGGCGGAGAGGAUGUUAGUGCAAACUGAGAAGGCUUAGCUGGAGACCAAGCGCAGUUGGUACCACAUUUCGUCAACAUUGCCAUCCUCGAACACGGACGGGAAGGCCAUAAGUUCAUCAAUCUCAGGAUCCUGGACUCUCGACAGAAACGCGAUGAUUGCACCGCACGCAGCUCUCGCCUUCUUCGUCAGCCACCACUGAUCAACCUGCUGUAGAAGUGCCAGCCAGUAUGAGAGCAAUAACAGUCCUCUCGGAUCACGAAUAUAGACAAGAGGCUUCAGAGAUGGCCAAGUCCUGCCGAGAAAGGCGAAGAGAGUUGCAAAAUUGCUAGGGGCUGGCUCUAGACACAGAAGCGGUGCAAGUCCCCGAACAAUCUUGUGAUAAGGGUUGUUGUGGGAUGUCGACGUCUCAUCCAUCUCGCACAGCUUGACGAAAGGCUCCGGCAGACCCUCGAUACCAGGUGCCUCAGAUGUGAAGGUUCCAGCAGAGUCAUCAGUCCCGUACAAUAUGGGCAGCCAGCUCGACUGCGCAUUGUUGUCGCGUGGAAAGAGAUGAAAUAGGCUUCGAAAUCCUCCGGUCGUCUCCAGCGGAGUGA